CCAACUAAUUUGGCCAGGCCAUCCCAAAGGCCCAUUCCGGAGCAGGCGAACGCAUCGCAGAUUCACACUUCCGAACACCCAACUCCGUUGUGCACUGAACCAGUGAGAACUCAGAACUCAGAACGCAGAAGCAUCUUCAAAACCCCAUACUCAUAAACACACAACCAUCACUAUCCCCCUCUUCACACCCGAUCAAAUUCAACGCAAGAAGCAAACAAACGCGCCACUUCUGAAACCAUUUUUGAAAACCCUCUCGAUGCCCCGACCCAGACCAACCGAUUCAUGAAUCACACAAUGGAGGAGGCCGUAGCCGAAACCCCCGUUAGGUCGAGAGGGUUUAAAUACCCAUCAUCGAUAAACCCUAACAAACCUCCCCAACCGAACCAAUUCCCCUCCCACCUCGACGCCCCCAACGUCUCGUCAACAGCGGGAACCCUAUGCGACAUUCUCACCCGAACCUCUCCUCAAGACAUCGAAUCCGCGCUCUCGUCCUCCGGAAUCGUUCCCUCGGACGAGUGCGUCAACGAGGUCCUCAGACUCUCGUACAAUUACCCUUCCUCCGCCGUCAAGUUCUUUCGGUGGGCCGGAUGCGGGAAAAAGCACCCGGCCCACACGUGGAACUUGAUGGUGGACCUGCUGGGUAAAAACCAGCUCUUUGAGCCCAUGUGGGACGCCGUUAGGUCCAUGAAACAGGAAGAGAAGCUAUCGCUUUCCACUUUUGCCUCUGUUUUUCAGAGCUACUGCACUGCUCGUAGGUUUAACGAGGCUGUUAUGAGCUUCGAUGUGAUGGACAGGUACGGAGUCAAGCAGGACUUGGUCGCUGUCAACUCGCUGCUCAGCGCGCUGUGCAGCGAAGACAGCCAGACCACGGCCGGCAUUGAAUUCUUCAACAGGAUCAAGGCGAAGGUAUCGCCAGAUGGCGACACCUUCGCCAUCUUGCUUGAAGGAUGGGAGAAGGAAGGCAAUGCUGCCAAAGCUAAGACCACUUUUGGUGAGAUGGUGGUUUGCCUUGGCUGGAACAAGGACAAUGUUGCCGCCUACGAUGCGUUUUUGAUGACCCUCCUUCGCGCCGCCUUGAUGGAUGAUGUUGUGUUGUUCCUUCAGGUUAUGAAGGACCAUGAUUGCUUUCCAAGCUUGAAAUUGUUUACCAAUGCGCUUGAUGUUCUAGUCAAGCGAAACGAUGCUGAUCACGCCAUCCCCAUGUGGGAUGUGAUGGUCAGUGGUGGGCUAGUGCCUAAUUUGAUUAUGUACAAUGCCAUGAUUGGGUUGUUAUGCAACAAUGCUGAAAUUGACCAUGCGUUUCGGCUGCUCGAUGAGAUGGCCUUCCAUGGCGCUUUUCCAGACUCAUUGACUUAUAACAUGAUCUUUGAGUGCCUGGUGAAGAACAAAAGGGUUCGCGAGACAGGGAGGUUCUUCGCUGAGAUGGUCAAGAACGAGUGCCUGCCCACGAGCUCUAACUGUGCUGCAGCCAUCGCAAUGUUGUUUGAUUGUGAUGACCCCGAAGCAGCACAUGAGAUUUGGAGUUAUGUUGUCGAGAAUCAAGUCAAGUCGCUUGAUGAUAGUGCAAAUGAGUUUCUCGUUGGUCUUUGCAACUUGAGUAGAAUCUCGGAGGCGAAAAGGUUUGCUGAUGAUGUGCUGGAUAGAAGGAUCAAUAUAUAUGAAUCUACCAUGAUGAUACUGAAGGAUGCCUUCUAUAAAGAAGGUAGAAGUGGAAGAGACAGAUAUGAUAGUCUGCAUAGGAGGUGGAAAGCUCAUCUCAACUUGUAAUCUAGAAAGUAUUUGCUCUAGCUUUAUGAUUUUAAAUUUUUGGUAUGCUCAACCUUUGUUGCCAAAGACAGGCAGGGUUUGCUUGUUCUUGACUGUUUUGGUGGCGUUGCCAUAAAAAUAGUGUACUGCAAGUUUUAUCAUUUUCUCUCCAUGGCAGCUUUUCCUUUUGAUAGCCUUUUUUCCUAGUAGUUAUAUUUCCUUUUUAAUUCCUUUUCUUCUUAUAUUAAAUGUUUGUAUUAAUAUUCUUUUAGGGUAGUCACACUGCAACUUGGAUGAAGUUAUCAGUUGUUCAUGAA